CAACGACAACGAAGCAUUGCGUCGUCUUGAGCAGCAUCAACGGAAAAGCGAGAGAAGCAGCACACGGACAACCACUUUCACUGUCCCGUGGCAUAUCCUUCAGCUCGGAGAAGCAGGAACACACCGACAAACUCACUCGGAAAACCCGCCGGACUCGAUAAACCGACCAAAAUGCCAACAAAAACAACACCCCCACUACCACCUCCCCUCGCCACGCCCCUCUCAACCCUCACCCCACACGUCCUGGACCCCAUCCUCACACACCCGGAACGCUUCCUCCGCCCAACCCCCACCCUUUCGCACACGCUCCUCACAAUCACAAAGUCCCUCUACGCCGUCGCCAAGACCGCCGAGCCGUUCCCCAACGAGUUCUCACCUUUACAGGAACUGCUGGUGGAAGGGUUUGAUGCCGAGCAGGUGUGGGAGCAGCUGCAGUUGCAGAAUGCGCCAAUGGGGGAGUAUUUGGGGAGGAAGGUUGAACAGGUUGGGGUGGAGUGGGGGAAGAAGGGGGAGGAGAUGGGCGGUGAAUCGGAGGGGAUGGAGGAUGGAGUUGAGGAUGGGAUGUCCUUGGACGGGUAUGAUGACUUGGAUGCUGCUUUGGAGGAGGAUGCUGAUUUGGAGGAGGGGGAUGAUGAUGAGGAUGAGGAUUCGGAGGGAGUGUCGGAUGAGGAAGAGGAAGAGGAGGAGGAGACCAACGGUCGGUUGGACAAAACCGAAGACGAUGAUGAAUGGGCCGAUGGGUUGGGCGAAGGCGCUGGCGACGACAUGGAGGAUGACUCUGCCGCUGAAGGAGAGAACGCUGAGGAAGAAGGCGACGGCCCCAACAGCAGCACCACCACCCUCAAACGCAAAUCUGAAAUCGACGAUGACUUUUUCUCCCUCGAAGAAAUGGAAAAGUUUGCCGAUUUCGGCGAAUCGCGGGAUCACAAGAAGGCUCGUAAAGCCAAUGACAACGAAAACGACGGCGACGAUUCCGAGGAGGAUGAGUACACCUUCGGCGACGACAUCCUCAACGCCGAUAAUUGGGACGAUGAUGGUGAAGAUGGCGAUGAGUUGGAAGAUAGAGACAACGCGAAUGAGAUCCGCUACGAGGACUUUUUCGGGCCGAGGGAGAAACAUGGCGAGCGGGGCGAGGGGUUUACGGAGAAGAAGGGCAGGAGGGUUGGUGCCUCUGCGCGGGAUGACAUGAAGGACUUUGAUGAUGAGCCGUUUGGGGACGCGGAUAUGUCUGAUGAUGGCGGUGAGGGUGUGCUUGAGAUGCCCAACCCAAGUGGUGGUGCGAUGGACGGUGGCCGUGCUGCCCGGAAUCUGCUCGGAGACGAUGACGAAAACGACGAAGAGGCAACGCAAGGCGAAGCCGAACUCUCCCGCUUCGAAAAGCAGCAGGAACGUCUCCAAAAACAGAUCGCGGAACUCGAACACGAAGCCUUGGCCGAAAAGACUUGGGCGUUGAAAGGCGAAGUAGCCUCCAAAUCCCGCCCGAUCAACUCCCUCCUCGAAGAAGACCUCGAGUUCGACAACGCCGCUAAACCGGUGCCUGUCAUCACCGAGGAAGUCACGGCGACACUGGAAGACAUGAUCAAGCAGCGGAUCAAAGACGCGCUGUUUGACGAUGUGGUUAGGAAAGCGCCCCCGAGGGAUCGGAAUAAUGAAUAUGACCCUAACCGCCGGAUCGAGAUCAAUGAGGAGAAAUCGAGCAAAUCGCUUGCGCAGGUUUAUGAGGAAGAUUACGCGAGACGGAACGCGGCUGCGAAGGGUGAUCCGGGGAUCCCGACUGAAAAGGACGAGGCGCUCGCGAAACAGCAUAGUGAGAUUGAUGGGUUGUUUACGACGCUGUGCCGUGAUCUGGAUGCGCUGUCCAACUGGCAUUUCACGCCCAAGACGACUGCUGCGGAGGACGCGGACGUGAUUGUGCCGUUACCGAAUGUCGCGGCGCUUGAGAUGGAGGAAGUUACGCCCGCCGCCGCUUCGAACAAAUCACGCGCGGCGCCGCAGGAAGUCUUUGCUGCCCCUACGACGGCCGUCAAGGGCGACACGGAACUGACCUCCGGCGACAAGAAACGCCUCCGCGACAAAUCCCGCAAAACAGCCGGCAAGAAACGGGCAGUCCACCAAGCCAAGAUGGACGCUGUCGUCGCUGCACGUCCUCAGACCGCCCUUGCACAGGGGGCAGCGAAACAGAGCGCGUUGAAGCAGUUGAUGGGGCAGAAGAAUGUGACGAUUGUGGCGGAUGCGAAGAUGACGAGGGGGAUGGAGGGUGUGCGGGGGGGGAAGAAGGGGGGGAAAGGGGGAAUGAAGGCCAGUGUGGUGCAGAAGGGGGGGAAGGUGGGGGAAAAGGAAAAGGUGGAGCGGGCGCAGUUUUUGAAGUUGUAG